CUUCCUCGUUGCAGCUGCGUAUAAAAUACCGCACACUGCCCUUGAGCUUUUUAGUAUUCUCCGGUACAAUGCACCGCAAACGUGUCUAACCGGUCUUCGCUUUAAUUUCGCGCGCGCGAAUUUUCUGUUCAAGUUCAAGAAUUUAGUUCGAGUACUAUCCUCGUGUUACCAUGAAACGCUUGUUUGCGAUUCUCUUGGGCGUCGUCGCCAUUCUCGCCGACCAUCCUGCUGGCGAACAAUGCGAGGUCGCUGCACCGAUUGGAAGAAUCCGCGGCUCCACCUUGACCUCGAGACUCGGCAAGAAGAUUUAUUCUUUCCGCGGCGUGCGAUACGCUGAGCCGCCAACUGGGCAGCAACGUUUCCAAGUCGCAACUCCAGCGGCAGACUGGAGCGAUGUCUUUGAUGCGACUCAAGAAGGACCCGCCUGCCCGGCAAUAAAUGCACAGAAUAUCAUGGAGGAUUGUCUACGCUUGAAUGUCUACACGACGAAACUACCAUCGGCGAAUAAUCCCGUAAAAAGACCAGUGCUAGUAUUUUUCCAUCCUGGCGGCUUCUACGUGUUCUCGGGUCAAAGCUCGAACUUCGGACCUCAAUACUUGCUGGACAAGGACAUCGUUCUCGUCACCGUCAACUACCGUCUUGCGACACUAGGCUUCUUGAGCACUGGUGACUCGAAAGCGCCGGGUAAUCUGGGCCUGAAGGAUCAAGUCGUAGCGCUUCAGUGGAUCCAAAGAAAUAUAGCCGCGUUCGGCGGCGAUCCGGACAACGUCACGAUAUCCGGCUACAGCGUCGGCGGUUUGAGCGUAAUGUUGCACAUGGUGUCCCCGAUGUCCACGGGAUUGUUUCACCGUGCGAUCAUGAUGAGCGGCUCGACGAUGUUAGAACCGUUCCCGACUGAUCAGCUACACUUGGCAAAAAAGCAAGCCGAGCUACUAGACUGUCCGACCGAUACUACGGGCGCGAUGCUGGUCUGCUUGAAUUCGAAGCCGGUGGAGAACUUCACCAACACUAUACCCAAGUUCUUCGAGUGGGAUGGUAAUCCAAUUUUGGUGUGGACACCAGUAGUAGAACCCGAAGUCCACGGCGUGGAAAGAUUCUUACCCGAGCAGCCUCUUGAUCUCAUCAGGAAGGGGAAGUUCCACAAGGUCCCGCUGAUCGUAGGUGUUACCAAAGACGAGUUCGGCGGUGUGGUUGUUGAUAUCGACAAACAACAUAAGCGCGGAGACGAUACAAUGCUCAACGAUCUGAACAACGAGUGGUACAGACUCGCGCCGAUCGUUUUCAUGUACGAGCGCGUUACGCCGCGUUCCAGGAACAUCAGCACUCAAGUGCGCCAAUUUUACUUUGGCGACAAACCAAUCGGUCCGGACACGUACGACGGUAUCGCACAUAGUAUAGCCGACAGUGUAAUAAUAUUCCCGCAGCAUCGCGUCGCCCGGUUGAUCGCAGAGAACGGUGACCAACCAGUCUACCUCUACAAGUUUUCUUACCAGGGACGGUACAGUUUCGCCAUGUGGAACGACACCACACCAUACGGAGUUGUGCACCAUGACGAUCUGCAAUAUCUAUUCUUCAUGAGCGCCAAAUUCCCGUUCUUCAAGGAUGACGCUCCAGAGAUCCCUACAGUGGAACUUAUGACGAGCGUGUGGUCGAACUUUGCAGAAACCGGGCAGCCGGUACCACCGACUUUGGCGAACAAAGUCACGUGGGAACCUUACGUGUCAGCGACAGACAACUAUUUAGACAUCACCAAGGAACCAAAAAUGAAGAAUGGGCUUUACCCCGAUAGAAUGCAAAGAUGGGAAAGUUUGUUUCCUUUAAACCCAAUACAGAAAGAUGUUUAAAAACAGCUUCAUCACUGCAUAUGUUUGAUUAAGACGUACAUAUUUUACUACUAAUUGCAAUGAUUACCCAAAUAUUGUUUUUAAUAAAAUAGUAUUUUCAUGGAA